AUGGCCAACGCAGACUCUCCAGAUCCCACGAAGGAUCUUCUUCCAGUCGCAAAUAAGGAGGAUGAGGUUGACCCAGUUGCGCCGGCCGCUGAACCAAAGGUGCCGACGCGGAAAGAUGCUUCGUUGAAGGACUUCCUCUCCAAGAUGGACGACUAUGCGCCAAUUAUCCCAGAUGCUGUUACGAACUACUAUCUGACAAAAGCUGGUCUUCCUCCUCCUCCCCAGACAGACCCCCGCCUUGCCCGCCUGCUUGCUCUCGCAACACAGAAGUUCAUCGCAGAUAUCGCCGCUGAUGCCUAUCAAUACUCACGUAUCCGUUCAUCCAACUCCUCGAAUGCGAACAAUCCUAUGGGAAACUUGGGUGCUGCUGCUGGAUUCCCUGUGCCAGGUCAGCCAACCGCUGCGCCAGGUAGCAAGGAGCAGGCAGGUCGCGGCGGUCCUCUUGGUAUCCAACGACCAGGUUAUGGAGGUGGUGGGCAAGGUGGUAGCCAGAACAGAACCGUUCUUACAAUGGAAGACCUGGGAAUGGCUGUUGGAGAAUACGGAGUCAAUGUCAAAAGGGGCGAAUUCUAUAGAUGA